UCAUUUGGCCAGUUAUCCGUACACAGCAAGAUGUUGUUAAAGCAAUUGUUGGUGUGCUGCCUAUUGGUCUGGUGUUUUAUGGAGGUGACUGCCAAAUCGUUGGAUCAAUGCAAAAACGUGUUCAACGCGGCCACAAAACAGAAGUUGUGCAAAGCAAAUCGGUACGAGCGUAUCCCGGGUGUUGAUAUGGAUAAAACGCUGGAUUGUGUCAUGAGGGCGGCAAACAUUGUACGUCAAAGUGGAGCUGGCAAUUUCCAAGCACUGUAUAGGCCGAUGAACGCUGUCGAAGAGAAUGGUCGGAACCAUAAUUUCAGUCUUGAGUCUUGCAUGUCAAAAAAGUUGACGGACGAUCUGCCGCAAGCCAAGCGAGCGCACGCAUUCUACAAAUGCGUAAUGGAGAGCGAGUCAAAAGCUGCCUUCAAGAAGGUAUUCAACCAAAAAGUAUGCCAAUGAAAGUGUAUAAGAAAUGCGAGUUCCGAUCUAUGAUAUGGAAAAAUAAUAAAAUAAAGAGCAAUUGAGAA